AUGGAAUCUGAUGAAAAUUUAUGUAAUCAUUAUUUAUGGAACAGAAGAAUCAAAAUCAUUAAUGGCUGCCCUUGGAUGGAUACUGAGAGACUGCUCAUUGGACCCAGCUCACGUAGCAGCCGGCUAAGACAAAAGAGAGGAAGUACCUACCGUUAG